AUGGUACAGUCUCCCGAAACUGAGCAGCUGCAAGAUUACCUCAUCAAUUGGAAUGUUGGGCCUCUUGGUGUUGUAUUACGACCUGACUUGGGAGCAGAUAUGCCUCCUAUUGUAGCUCAACUCUUGCCACAACCUUCCGUGCUAAAGCUAGCAGGUGUACAAGAAGGGGAUUUACUCAUUAGUAUUAAUGGCAAAAAAACAACACGUAUUGGGUAUGAAAAAGUCGUGCGAUUGCUCUUUCAAGAGCGAUUACCCAUGGUAUUACACUUCCGUUCACCACUAAGUGUUUCCAGAGGUAUGACAAGUGAUGAAUCAAUGCGUACUCGUACGAAUAGUGCCAUACGUCAUUCUCCGUCCUUAGCGAUACGACCACGCAGUCGCUCGGAUAUGAUUGAACAAAAAGAACGUAAUCCAGGUGGACCAAGUCGGGAAAAGGAGGAAUCGUGUACACCACAUCAAUCCACGCACAAAAAGACGAAACCGAGAGGGCGACAUGGCACAAAAAAGAGCGAGACGGAUGACAAACGUAUACGUAAACAAUACAGUGUUGUCUGGGAACGUGGUUCCUUAGGUCUCUCGUUUCGUGCCUAUAGUUCCAAGGUAAAUGUCCCAUGUGUGGAUUAUAUCAGUCAGACGCGAGGCCAAGGACGUGGGAUGGAUCUUGUUUGUAUUAAUGAUGUUCUAAUCGCAAUUAAUGGCGAAAAAACAAAAGCACUGGGGGUCGAGAAAGUAUUGAGAUGGCUACAUAUUGUUGAAAAACCAGUCGUCUUGAGAUUUCAUGCAUCGUCGAAUCGUGUGGUUGAUUCAAUGGGCAAGCUCGUACAUGUCGUAGCUACUGAGAAUGUAGAUACUUCGGCACGUCCACGACGAUUGACAUUACCACAGACUCAACCAGAAAGUGAGCCAAUACCACGCCCACCACGUCGUAAUAAUAGUGUUGAUCAUUCCAUGCAGAGAAUGGAACGAGGAUAUGGAGUAGAAGAUACAAAGGAGAACAACAACAACAACAACAAGUUACAGUCGACAAUGCCACGACGUUAUUCAAGAGAGAGAGAAAUGGAUGUGGACAAGCAGCCGAUUGAAAAACAUGAUUUGUCGUCUCCAUAUAAAACACGAAAUACAAAAGCAAAGGAACGAGGACGUCAUACGAAAACAAACAAUGCAAUUCAUGCUUAUGGACGAGGUCGAGAUCAGAUGUAUCAAGAUGGUGGAGCUGGAGAGUUUUGUCAUGAACCACUGGAUGUAGAUGCUUUACAUGUUGAUUCAAGAAUUGAUAAGCACGUUGUUAUCUCGCGUCGUUAUCAACAGCAUCAGGACGUGACUCGAGUUGGUCAAGUGCGUCAAGCUCAGUUAUUACCCGUACGAUCACGUACGAAAUCAGCUGCACGUGAUGAUUUACGACGUCAGCAUCAGUCGGAGAGCAUGUCCGCACAACUACCAAAUCCAAUUCCAAUUACGGUACCAACGCGCCCACGUGUAGCAUCCCGUGAAAGCCAAGGCAGUAACACGCCCCAACUGAGUUUUGAUGAGGCCGCUGGUGUUGUCGCCCGAGCUACAGGAAAGUCCGUGGAGGAAUGCGAGUUUGGAGGAGUACCAGUGCUUAAAAUAAAGGAAGGAACAGUACAGUCAAAGCUCAUGUACAUUUACGCGAAGGCAUGCCUGGCGAAAGAUGGAAAUCUGGAUGACAAAUCUGAAUCGAAGGAGUCUCAGCCUGCUCGCACCACGGGCAAUCCUCUAGGUCGAAAGAAUUGCUCCAGAUAUUUGUCGUAUACGAUUCUUCAGGACGACGCUGUGGCUUCGAACCAUGUGUCGAGUCCAGAGAAUGGGUGCACCAAUAACGAAAGUAUGCCGGAGCAGGAGGAAGCGCACACAGACGAUAUUGCAAACAGCAUUGAAUCCAAGAGCGCAGGCGUUUCCCACCACAAAAUGGAUGAGAGUUUUGCAAAGAUGCAAAAAGACAUUUCCAUCCAGCCGCAGUCGGCUUCUACUCCGCCUCUCUCUUCUGUGGUCACUUCUUCUUUGGAAAUCAGUGACAUCAUGUCCAAUGUGCUUGCUGCACCAGCAUCCGUGGCUGGUGAUUUUAUUUCGCUAAAGGAUUUUGUCGUAAAGGGCGGGAAUCUGACAGAGCGUUGUACUACGCCGAAUCUUAGCCGCACUGCAACGCCGAUGCAGACAACGGAUAGUGGUGGUGAAUGCGAGACGAUACAGGAGCAGGGAGAGAAUUUUUUGGCGAACAAUACAGAUGAAACAGAAGCUUUGUUGGAAGCUAUUGGUGAAGCUACCAGUACGGCUGUAGGAGAGGAGACGAAGUUGAUAGAGCCGAAGCAGGCCAGUUUCAAUGACAACAGACUAGCAGCAGACCGGGAUACGGUUGAGAACCAGCAGGCAGCGGAAUCUGAGAAGAUGAUCGCGCUGGAAGAAAAGUGCGCUGACAAGAAUGAGCAAGAGCACGCUGAUGACCACAAUGAUACAGAAGUCGAAAAUGCCGACAAGGAUGAUGAUGUUUCCGGUAUGGACAGCUUCAAUGAACGAGACCUGACUGCAAGCGUGGUGUCUUUUGACGGCCUGCUUCAUUUCUCAGCUAAGGAUGACAGUCACGUUGAAGAAGAGCAUAAGGAGUUUGGCGUCGGUGUUGACGAUGACGAGUUAAACGUGAACAUCAACGCUGAUGGUAAGCAGUCUAUGAACAUCUUGUUGGAUACGACGUUAGACCUGGUUGAAGAAGAGGACGACCAUGAAGUUCAAGCACUCUAUGAGGAGCAGCAAAAUGAUAAGGAGAAUGAAGACCAUGAAGAAAAAGAAGAGUUGGAGGAUGGUGCAUUGUCCAAUGUGCUCGUGGACGAGCUUUUCCGCGACAAGCCUGAUGUUCGGGAGGUUAUCAAGGACAAACCUGCCCUUAUGGUGCUGGUAAAGAAAAGUAUGAUCGACGAGGUUCAGGAGAUUCUUCAGAGUUUGCAAAUGGAAUUGCAGUUUGAGCGCCACUCCAUCAUGGCAGUUGGUUCUAUUCCAAGUCCGCCGCGUACUUUGCAGCAAGAUCGGGAUACGGAGGGCGAGCACUGCUACCGCUGUGAAGCAACUGGUGAGCUUGCGGAGCUGAAUGUUGCAAGUGGACAGAAGGAGCUGUAUUGUCAAGAAUGCUGGGAGUUGUUCUUCUUCAGCGAGGACCGGAAAUCACCCGUAACAAGAGUUAGCAAGACCCUAGCGCCGUCAGAGGUUGGUCGACUGACUGCCGACGAAGAUGCGCUAGACGAAGCACUUAAGUACAGUUUCCACGACAGCUCCGUAACGCGUGAGGAUAUGAUCCACCCAUGGCAAUACCGACAAGACACUAACUCCAUGUCAUCAUCUAUCCGUGAUUCAAACGCGUCGAGUUUUACUGACCAAGCGGAUGAAACGUGGCUUUAA